GGUGAAAGGGGUGGUGGUGAAUGAACGUUCCCCUAAUACAUUCCUUCUUUGCUUACCCAGGUUCGCGUCGUGCGUCUGGGUCGGUGGUGCUUCGUGGCCUCAGCGUUGCUUACAUUGAUGCACUUGGUCCUAUUUUACUACGCGAUGCUCUCUCUCAACAUUCUACUUUUCUUCGCGCAUCAGACUAUACCUUGAACCUGGGGCUGUGACUGAGGAACCACAUCUUGGUUCACUGACAGCGCAGAAGAGUUGUGGUUCGACGCCGAUAUUUUACUCAGACAGGUGAGCAGGAGCGGUGGUGGGGAAAGCACAUUCGCCUAAUCCACCUAUUUAUGCCUACCAGUGGUGGCCGAUUAUUCAAGGACCGGCAGACAAGAUUUGACAGAUUCGCCACGAACUGCGACACAUGUUCGGUGCCUGAUACCUGCUGAUGAUCUACCACGUGGUGCUGCAUCACAAGGGCCGAUUAGGAAGACGUCACCGGCUUCAACUGUUAUAAAAGGCUACCAGCUCCGCGGCCUCACAGAGUUUGGCAGUGGUGCGCAAGCAAUAGGCAUCAGACUAAUUCUUUUGCUUCUUGCAGAACCGUGUGAGAACAACGACGCUGCGCGCAGGUCACGCUCUUUGGUUGAAGAAGCAUGCUGCCAGACGCACAAAGUCGCGUUGUUAUCACUCUACUCGUUUCCCUUAGCCUAUUAACACUGAACUUCAAGAAUGUCAACGCAAUGCCCAGGCAAGACGAUCAAGAUGAAAUAGUGGUUACCAUGAGCGACAUUCAGCGCUUAGGUGAGGCCAACCUGGACGAUGCCACCAGAGGCUACAUCGGCGGUGGAGCUGGCCAGGAGCGAACACUGAACGAAAACAUCGCUGCGUUCUCGAGGCUUCGCUUCAGACCAAGGUCCCUUGUGGACGUAUCGAAAAUAGACACUUCUACCACAGUGUUGGGUCAUAAAAUAUCUUUUCCUGUCGGCUUCUCCCCUUCUGCUGCUCAUAUGUUAUCACAUAGAGACGGGGAAUUCGGAACUGCAAAAGCCGCACGGGACGCGGGAACCGUCAUGAUCCUCAGCGUUGCGAGCACAGUCUCAUUGGAAGACGUCAGAGCCAGCGCCCCGGAUUGCCUGCUGUGGCAGCAGAUAUACAUAUUCAAGAACCGCACCUUCACCGAGUCCAUCGUCAGGAGGGCGGAGCAUCACGGCUAUGCUGCCAUUGUGGUCACGGUGGACUCUCCCGUCUCUGGACAGUCUUCAUACAUCACCAAGCAAAUGCUACAACUUACGGAUGGCCUCAGGUUUGCGAAUAUGGAAGCAUCCUGGCCCGGAAGACCAUUCAAGUUCGCCCAUUUUGCGGAAAACACCAUGGGAGGCCUGCUGUCUUCAUCGGUGACGUGGGAGGAUUUCCGGUGGCUCCGUUCCAUCACGAGACUACCGCUUGUAGCGAAGGGUAUCCUGACCGCUGAAUCGGCCCUCGAGGCUUACAACAAUGGAGCGGCAGCAGUUAUGGUUUCAACCCACGGAGGAAGGCAGCUCGACGAAGACCUCGCAUCGAUCGAAGCACUGCCGGAGGUGGUUGUUGCUGUUGGGAACCGGAUGGAAGUCUACCUGGACAGCGGUGUGCGAUCUGGAGCCGAUGCUGUGAAGGCACUCAGCCUUGGUGCCCGGGCAGUGUUCGUCGGGAGGCCUGUGCAUUGGGGUCUUGCUUAUAAUGGAAAAGCUGGUGUGGACAAGGUGCUGGAGAUAUUCAGGAGUGAAUUUAACCGCACAAUUCAGCUACUUGGGGUGCCAGACGCCAAGAGUUUGUGCACUGACUUUAUCGCCCGCGAAUCGGGCUACUCACAGCCAUUGCACCGAAACUGUGCGCCGAAAAAUCCGUGGGAUGAUUUGCUCAAGUACAACAUUGGAAAUUAGGUCUCACAAAGAGUUACGAGGCUAUCAAAUACGAAACACAAAAUAUAUUUCGAACUAUUGCUACUUUUCUUUCUUUUAAUAAAACGACAUGAAACAAUAAAGUGAAGGAAAUUUUUGUUGC